GUUUUUGUUCCAGCUCUAGCAACGCUGCGAAUCGCGUGAAUAAAUAGUUAAUUAAUUGCUGAAAAAAUGGAAUAGCUGGCGAAAACAUGCAUCCAACCAAGUGCAACAGCAGCAGCCGAGUGCAGUACUCCGUAAUCGGGCGUUUGUGAAAACACGUUGAGCGUACGCGACUGGUAGUGUGUGGCUAAAAAAUAAGUUAUGGUUUAGCAAAAGCAACAAAGCUAAAGCCCAAAAGUGCUAAUAAAAAGUACACACACACACACGUUCGCUCACACACACAAGCGGGCGCGAGCAAAGGUGAAAAUUAUAAAUUAAUAAAUGCGCGAUGCGAUCCGAUCCGAUCGAAUCCCAAGCGAUAGCAUAUCAAAUUAGCGAAAUAUGCUCGAUUCCCGUGCUGAUCGGAUCAAAACUGUGAAUUGCAACAGAAAAUAAUUUCAAGGUUUGCAGCAGGCGAAUAGAAGGCGAAAAGGAAACGCAACCAAAUAACCACAAAGAGCCGUUACAAUUACAAUACCAUACAUUAUAAUAGACACAAUACCCCAAAAACAAGAAGCAAACUAACAACGAGAUGAAGUACGCAAACGCCACUGGAACUGACAACGCGAUGACCUCCGGCAUCAGCGGCCAAUCCAAUACCUGUAACAGUGCAUCCCACGAGAUGCAGCCCACCACAUCCACGCCUACUGCAGUCCACAAGGAGGCCUCAUCCACAGCCACGACGACGGCGGUACACGCCAAUAGCAAUUCCAAUCCUAACGCCAAUCCCAACCAGAGUCAGCCGUCCAACGCGCUGUUCUGCGAGCAGGUGACCACAGUGACAAAUCUCUUCGAGAAUUGGAACGACUGCGAGCGGACCGUCGUGAUGUACGCGCUGCUCAAGCGGCUGCGCUACCCGAGCCUCAAGUUUCUCCAGUAUUCGAUCGACAGCAACCUGACCCAGAACCUGGGCACCUCGCAGACGAAUCUGAGCAGCGUGGUGAUCGACAUCAAUGCCAACAAUCCGGUGUACCUGCAGAACCUGCUAAACGCCUACAAGACGUUCCAGCCAUGCGACCUGCUCGACGCCAUGUCCUCCUCCUCAUCUGACAAGGAUUCGAUGCCGUGCUACGGCAGCGAUUUCCAGAUCACCACCUCGGCGCAGUGUGACGAGCGGAAGCUGUACGCCCGCAAGGAAGAUAUUCUGCACGAGGUGCUAAACAUGCUGCCACUGCUUAAGCCGGGCAACGAGGAGGCCAAACUUAUCUACCUGACCCUCAUCCCAGUGGCCGUCAAGGACACCAUGCAGCAGAUUGUGCCCACGGAGCUAGUGCAGCAGAUCUUUUCGUACCUACUCAUUCAUCCGGCGAUCACCAGCGAGGACCGGCGAUCUCUGAACGUUUGGCUGCGUCACCUGGAGGAUCAUAUCCAGGCGGCGGCGGCGGGCCUGACUAAUCGCAGUUAUUUCCUGCAGCCCUCGCCGCAACUGGUCGCUGGCGGCAGCUCUACAGGCAGUGGUAGCUGUUCCUCUUCGGCGACUAGCUCCUCGACAGCCUCCUGUUCGUCGGUGGCCUCAUCCUCGCUGUGCCCCGCCAGCGGCAAUCGAUCCUCGCGCACCAACGACUGGCAGACGAUCGCCCCGCCCAGCAAACAGCUGCAGAACAAGUUGGCCGGUGAUUGGCGUGGCAGCGGAGGAGGCAGCUCCAGCGGGUCGAUCAAUCCACUCUGUGAUAAUCUAAAUGGUAUUACCCUGAACGAAUUAGCUUCUAGUCAGAAUAGCCUCGGCCUGUCGCUGGAGGGCAGCUCUUCGCUGGUCAACGGUGUGGUCGCCGGAGCGGGCUCUAUGCUGGGAAUCGGUGGUGGCGACGACCAUGACACGUCAUUCAGCAAGAAUGGCACUGAGAUACUCGACUUCGACCCGGUAACGGCCGAUAUGGGUGAGGCCUGCAGCCUGGCCAGCAGUAGUCUUUGUGGACGAACUGGUGGAAACUCCGUAGAGGAACGGUUACAGCCUCCGCCGCAUCUCCAGCAGCAGUUGCUCCAACCUCCGCCCUAUGCAUCGAUCCUUAUGGGAAAUGUGGGGGAUCAGUUUGGCGAGAUCAACCGCUGGAGCCUGGAUAGUAAGAUUGCGGCCCUAAAGACGCGUCGCUCCAACAGCCUCACCACGCAAACGAUCUCGAGCUGCUCCAGUUCUUCUAACUCCUCGGUGAUCACGGUCAAUGACAACUGCUCCAAUUCCACGGAGAAUCUGGCCCAAUUCGCCAACAAGCCGCGCAGCUUCUCCUUAUCCAUUGAGCAUCAGCGCGGUGCCCUGAUCAAUAGUGGGUCCGAUACGCGUCUGGACGAGUUCAAGCCCAACUAUAUUAAGUUCCACACCCGCAACGUGGGCAUGUCGGGAAUCGGCCUUUGGCUGAAGUCCCUGCGUUUGCACAAGUACAUCGAGUUGUUCAAGAACAUGACGUACGAGGAGAUGCUGUUGAUCACUGAGGACUUCCUGCAGAGCGUUGGCGUCACCAAAGGCGCGUCUCACAAGCUGGCUCUCUGCAUCGAUAAGCUAAAGGAGCGGGCCCACAUACUCAACCGGGUGGAGCAAGAGUUAUUAUCUGGUCAAAUGAAGCUUAGCACUGCCGUGGAGGAAUUGACCAACAUUGUGUUGACACCGAUGAAGCCUCUGGAGUCCCUUGGGCCGCCGGAGGAGAACAUUGGUCUGCGCUUCCUUAAGGUCAUCGACAUUGUGAGCAACACAUUACAGCAGGAUCCGUAUGCUGCACAGGACGAUGAGACUCUGGGAGUUUUUAUGUGGAUUCUGGACCGCUCUAUUCAUAACGAGGCAUUCAUGAACCAUGCCAACCAACUCAAGGACCUGAAGUUUAAGCUGUCCAAGAUGAAGAUCUCCAUGGUACCGAAGAUGCAUCACGUUAAGCCAGCCGGAGUGGGGCCAAACAAUGGCAACAUUAACAAGCCAAGAUGGAAUGGCAAGACUCGCAAGUGCGAUACAAAGAACGGCAGCAACGAUAGGAUUAACAACCGCAAGAACUCCAACGACAUGCUGAACUUUUCGCUGAAUUGCCUGCAGCAUCCGCUGCCCCAUCAUUCGCAGCAGCAGCCACCUCCGCCCCUGCCGCAGUUUGACUACAACGGCUACGGCGGCGGUCCAUCUCAUCAGCCGCAGUACAAGAGCUCCUCGUACCCCAGCUUCAUGGGCAAUCCCCAACAGCAGCCGCCACCGCCGCCGCCCGGCAAGUCGCAUCAUCAUGCCCAGCAGAUGCAACAAAUGCUGCAGCAGCACAACCACUUUCCGGCGUUGCCGCAGCAGACACCGCCACAGUCGCAUCGCCGGUCGCUGAACAAUCUCAUCCUUGUGGCCGGUGGUCCACAGCAACCGCAGCAACUGAUCUUCAAGCCCGGCCAGGGUGUACUUACCAACAAUGGUUCCAACGACAACCUGGUGGUGGAGCGCAAUCAACAGCAGCAGCAGCAGAGGAAGCUCAGCGGAGGAGUGUCAAGUGGGGAGCUACAACCAAAGAAGACCAUGGCCGCUGUAGUGAUGGUUAGUAAUCCGAAUCCCAGUCAGGAGCAGCACGAUCAGCCGCAGAUCCUGAUCAAUAACAACAACAACAACAACAGCAUGCUGAACAACAAUUUGAUUAAUCAACAACAGCUGCAACUGUUGGCAGCAGCUGCCGCCGCCGUGGGCAGUGGCAGCUGUCUGUGCUCCAAUGGUGGUGGCGUAACCGGUGGUGCCUGUGUCCACAAUCUCUGUCACCAAAGCAGUAAGAACAACAACCAUGCCGUGGAUCAUUGCCUGUCCCAGCCGCCGCUGGUCAAUCUGGGCAUGUCGCCCCAUGUCACCGAGUACAAGAUGAAUGACUUUAAGAGCCUGGAACAGCUAGAGACGUUGUGCCGCCAAAUGACUGAACAGGCAAUGAACUGAGCAAUGUUCUGAGCUGUCUGAGGGAUUGGAUUGUCAAGACGUUAGAUUUGUGGCUGCCAGCAGUUUUUGUGUUCACUUAGCUUUGAACCGCGUUUGAAGUUUGAUUUCAUAAACGAACGAAAAUUUGGCCAAAUUUGAUCAACACUUUACGCUAUUCUAAUCCUAAUCACACCAUCGACUAUAUCACCAUCAACAACAACAACGUCGCCAAAUGAUGGAAAUACCCCGCUAAACGACGACGAAAAAGGUUUAUCUAGUAAAAAUUAUAAAAUGAACUCUGCAUCGUGACCAUGAGACUGACUAAGAUUACUUUUCGCAACUAUAAAAACUAGAAAGAAGAAAGCUGGAUGGAUAGGGAAUUGAAAAGUGAGAAUUGAGAAACAAGAAACGAGAGCUGAGAGCUGAGAAUUGUUUGCACGAAUCAAAACUAGGCUUGCUGAAUGAAGUAGUAGUCACAUAAUGGAUAUGUUUAUAUAUACACGUACACAUAAUUUAUUUUAAAUUAAAAGGAACAUAUUUGCUGAACCGUAACUGCACCAGAGGAGAUCGCAACACAGCGGAAACAACCACUAGACUAAACUUUCACCGGGAAGAGUUUCAAUGUUUCACUGUUUGUGUUUGAGAAUCGGAACCACAUAUUGUAUUUUGUAUAAGUAAGCGUAUGCGUAAGCCAAAACCUUGUAUUGCAUAACGAAUACAUAAUCAUCAUUGUCAUUGACUAGCCUAACGCUACUAUUACUAUUAUGUUUGCUUUAGUCAAUUGUUUAUCAUGUAAAAUGGCAAGCCAAUCACUCGAUAUGUUAUGUUUUAGUUGUUUUUAAAAAAAUUAUAUAUAUAUUUAUAUAUACGAAUGUAUGUCGGUCGCAUUAUAAGCUUAGGUUCAAAAACAAACGAUGACGACGGGAGCGGAGCUGAAAAGAAAAGGCAGCCAAAAAAUAGCUACCAUAAGAGCGUAAAAACGUGUAGUAUAAUUAUAAUUGUAUAAAACCGAACAAACGCAUGAGUAAAUAUUGCUUAGAAAUGUUUUUGUUUUUCAAUUUGUUGUCGAUAUUUCCAAAAUACUUUUGUUAACAACAACCGCAGCACUGUAAAUCGCUGAUGCUUUUAUUUAUUAAUAAAAAAAAACCUAUUGUACGGCCAGUUGGGAUACAGAAUUAA